CUAGGUGGGAGUGGGUUCCUUCUCCCAGGCGGUCAGUAACAGGACGAGAGGAUAUAGUCGAAGCUGUGCCAGGGGAGGUUCAGGUUGGACAUUAGUAAGUGUUUCUUUACAGAAGGGUGGUUAGAUACGGGAAAGGACUGCCGAGGGACAUGGUGGAGUCACAGUCCGUCGCAGGUGUUUAAGGAAAGACUGAACAUGGCACUUGGCUAGGGUUAGGCACUAGGUUAGCCAUGCUGUAUUUGAGUGGUGGUGUUUGGUCAUAGGUUGAUCUCAGAAGUAUUUUUCCUGCAUAAUUCAUUCUGUGAUUCUCUGCUGUGAACCGUGAGUAUGUGGUGCAACACCCCAGAGAGCAUGCAGGGCCAUGCCAUGGCAGUGCAGAGCAGAAUUAGAGGUCUGUGCAGGAUGGUGCCAUGGGGGGCACAGCACAGUGUGGCGGUGCUGUGCUCUGCACACUCGGGGGCUGCAGAGUAGUGCCCCUGUAGGAGCGCCUGCAGGGCAGCCUUGUGGAGGGUUGAGCUGGGCCCUACAGUGCUGUGCAGCACCAUGCCACUCUGAGCAGGGGGUGUGGGGUGCAGCACAAGUGGGGCGACCCCAGGCAAGCAGGGUGACGUGUGAAGGAGUGGCCUGACUGCAGUGUUCUGCUGACAGCAGGAGUGCAGGGGCCUCCUGGGCUCAGGGCUGCUGAAAGUCCAAUUGUCCUGUUAAAUAUAAACCUGCCAUGGCUCUCACCCAGCUGACUGCUCCUGUGGCUGUGGCAGGCGUGCACUCAAUGAGCAAGCAAGGCAGGAUCCUACUGAGUGGCCUUUUCCCCUGACCAGACCUACGCCAAGAUGGCCACAGUUUCCCUUAGCUUCAACAUCGACUCCCCACGCUGGGACCAGAGCACCUUUGUGGGGCGUCUGAAGCACUUCCUCAACAUCACCGACCCUCGGACAGUGCUGGUGCCUGAGGAGGAGCUGGACCAGGCCAAGGCCCUGGUGGAGAGCUGCAGGGCCGGGCUGGUGCCGCCAGGAAGCAGCCAGGAGCAGCUGCUCUAUGCCAAGAAGCUAUACGACUCAGCCUUCCACCCUGACAGCGGUGAGAAGAUGAACUUCAUUGGCAGGAUGUCCUUCCAGGUGCCGGGGGGCAUGGCCAUCACUGGCUGCAUGCUCCAGUUCUAUCGGACAGUGCCUGCAGUGGUUUUCUGGCAGUGGGUGAACCAGUCCUUCAAUGCCUUUGUCAACUACACCAACCGCAAUGCUGCCUCCCCCAUCUCUCUGAGGCAAAUCGGGGUGGCUUACGUCACGGCCACCAGUGCAGCCCUGGCCACCGCAGUGGGACUCAACCUCUACACCAAGCGAGCCCCCCCUUUGCUGGCCCGCUGGGUCCCCUUUGCAGCUGUGGCCGCUGCCAACUGUGUCAAUAUCCCCAUGAUGCGGCAACAGGAGAUCAUCAACGGGAUCACAGUGACAGAUGAGAACAACAACGAGCUCGGCCGCUCCAGGAGGGCAGCAGUGAAGGGCAUCGCACAGGUUGUGCUCUCCAGGAUCACCAUGGCAGCACCGGGCAUGAUUAUUUUGCCUGUCAUCAUGGAGCGACUGGAGAAAUUCACCUUCAUGCAGCGGAUCCGGGUUCUCCAUGCGCCUCUGCAGGUGCUGCUCUGCGGGGGCUUCUCCCUUGCACUGGCUGACCUUGAGGUGGAGCUGCGUGACAGUAUCAUGGCCAGGCACGGGGACAAAGUGCCAUACGUCUAUUUUAACAAAGGACUGUGAAUGGAGACUACCUCAGGAGCCAUCACACCCCUCUGGCCUCCUGCCACCACCAUUUCCACAUCCCCUGAGCAGGGUCAGAGGCACAGUCCAGCCCAGAUCUGCGCCCCCACCCGGCACCUUCUAUGCAGCCUUCUUCCACUGUAGAAUCAGGAUCUGACUGUGUCC